AUGGAUAAAUAUUCUGUCCUUACCAAAGGUGACAACGAUAAAGAUAAAAAACAUGAAGAAGAAAAUGACUGGAUUAUGGAUCAACUUUUAAAUGUUCCUAGCCCCCCUUCUGAAUCUCCAAAACAAGAGACUGUGGCAACCACAGGGGACAGUGCAGCAUCUACAUGGUCAGCAUUUAGCUGGUUUAGGCUUGUUCUGCAGGCUAUUGCUGAAUAUCUAUACAUUCCACAGCUGAGACUUAGAUUUUCACACAUGUUUCAGAUGCAUAAAGGCAAGCAAAAUUUAUCUAAAGAAAACAAAAUCAAUCUACUUCUUGACAAUGAAAAAUCCUUUAAAAAGAAAUAUAAAGUGGAACUCAAACUUGGAAGUGGAGCUUAUGGCAUAGUAUACAAAGUAACUCCUAAAGUGUGUGACAAGGAACUUCCGGAGCCUUUGGCACUUAAAAUUUUGUGUGGAGACUUGAUGUAUGAUCCACAAACCACACUAAAUGAAAUUAAAAAAAAUUUUCUCAUUUGUAAAAAAGAUUCAUGUCAGAAUGUAGUUUCCUUUUUUAGCUAUAAUGAGUACACUUAUCAGGAAUAUCGGUAUAUAUGUCUUGAAAUGGAACUAUGUGAUGGUGGAACUUUGAAGAAAUCAAAUUUUCACGAACAUAAAUAUGUCACUGAUACAUUUAGAAAGAAGGUUUUGGAACAGUCUAUAUCUGGUAUGCUAUUUAUUCAUGAAUGUGGUGUGGCACACUGGGACAUUCAUGGAGGAAAUAUUCUCUUCAAAAGCCCAGCUGAUGAUACUAUUAAAUUUGGUGACUUUGGUUUGACAAGAGAAAGUCCAAGCUCACAGGAUUUAGAUAUACAAGACCUUGGAAGAACUUUAUUGAAGUGGGUUUUUCUAAGGGAGUCUGAUUUGUCAGAAAAUGCGAGUGAAAUUGAAAUCGAAAAUCUUUUGUGCACAGUAAAUGUCCAAAAGGAUGUUAGGAAGAUACUGGAAGGAUUGACAUUCAACACUAUGUCGCUGUCAGAGGCACAGAGGAGAAUAAUAGAAAUAAAAGGCUGGAAUGACUUGGGAGUAAGAGAACGUUCUAUCAUUGAACGUCAAACGGAGAGAGACAGGGUGUGGGCGUUGUCCGAGUAUCGAGCACGCCGCGGCAGCUGGAAUGACUUGGGAGUAAGAGAACGUUCUAUCAUUGAACGUCAAACGGAGAGAGACAGGGUGUGGGCGUUGUCCGAGUAUCGAGCACGCCGCGGCAUUCGAUGUCCGACAGCUUUUGAGUUUGCAAGAUUCUUGGAUGACAUCGAAGAAGAAUUUCGCCAACGGAUCAAGGAGCUGGAAGACCAAGUAGAGUUACUGCGCCUGGCGAUGUCGGCACAUGAUGUCCUUGAUCUCAGAAUCUGA